AUGAACUUUGGCAAUUCACAGGAGCCCCCGGUUAAGAAGCGGCGAUUCUUUACCGACCCCGAUGAGCUCCCAAGCCCAGUUCCGAGUCCCAAUCCCCGAGUCCAGACAGAAAACGGUGCCAACACCACACUUCCCGAAAAUGCCGAUUUGUCGACUGUUGAUGACGACUCCGCCGCCACGGCUAGCGACGAUGCUGUAUCUUUUGACAUUGGCACGUUUGAAGCCUUUGUCGGCGACAAAGUUGCCGAAGACGUCCUCUCCGUUAUCCGUGAACAGAGCAACAAUAACCUUGAGCGCGCUGUCAACAUGUACCUCGACGGCGCGUACAAAAAGUUCAUGAAGCCAUUGGUUCUCAAGCGCUCGCCCUCAAGAACACCGACACCGAAUGCACCAAAAGUGGCGCCACCUCGACCACCUCGCAGCAUGCCCAGUGCACGAUACAUUGGAGCAUUUGGGGUCGAGGGCUGGGCGACUCGCAGCGGCGCCAAUAUCCUCAAGCACGGCGACACUGUCAAAAUUGAGCGGCAAAAGAUACAGCCGCCAGCGCCUCCAAAAAUCAAGGCAAAGCUAGGUGUGCCAGUCACGCCAGUGCGAAACAGGACGGCGGCCUCCCGUCGGAUAGACGUCAUUGUGCGGUUCACAAACGACAGCGGCAUGGAAAUUGGAAGGCUGGCAAAGGAUACGGCAAAUUGGGUCUCGACACUGAUUGAUCAAAAGAUUUGCCGAUUUGAGGGAAGCGUCGUCUAUGCGCCAGACAGGUUACGGACAAACGACACGGUAUUCCUCCAGUUGAAAUGCUCGCUGCUCAACUCUGCCUUUUAUAAUCGCCACUUUCAGCUUGCCGAUGAUCGGGCAGAGGCAUUUUUCGAGCAAUCAGAAACCACCGAUGAGAAGAAUCUUCGCCUGCGACAAGUUGCGCUCGUCCGGCUGUUUCAGGAGAUUGGUCUGCAGCCGACUGUUGCCAACGCGGCGGCCAAGGACGGGCGUCAAAGUCUGUUGAAAGCGGCAGAAAUGGAAGAGGAAAAACAGGCCGAACAAAAGAAACUUGGCGCAACAAAAGACUCAGACUCGCCAGCCUCAGACGCGGAAGAGGGCAAAGAGGUUGACCAGGACCAACUUGAUGCACUAUACAAAAAGGCUCAAUCAUUCGACUUUAGCACUCCGGAAGAGGAGCCGGCCGAUACCUUUGCGAUGACGCUACGUCCCUAUCAGAAGCAAUCCUUGCAUUGGAUGAUAGCAAAAGAGAAGGAUGCGCGAAGUAACAGGGAGCCAUCUAUGCACCCGCUCUGGGAAGAAUACGUUUGGCCCGUCAAAGAUCAUGACGACAAAGACUUGCCUGUCAUUAACGAUGUUACGAAAUUUUAUGUCAACCCCUACUCUGGUGACCUGUCACUCGAGUUUCCCGUCCAAGAACAACACUGCUUGGGCGGUGUUUUGGCGGACGAAAUGGGUCUCGGCAAAACCAUUCAGAUGCUCGCUCUAAUGCACUCUCACAAGUCAGAGGCUGCUCUCCAAUCGAAUUCCAAUAAUGUCGGCAUUGCGACGGUCAAUCAGCUUCAGCGCCUGGGCUCGUCAUCGGCCAUGCUGGACGCUCCUUGCACCACACUGGUGGUGGCGCCCAUGUCCCUGUUAUCGCAGUGGCAGAGUGAAGCUGAAAAGGCCUCGAAAGAAGGAACCGUCAAGAUUGAACUCUAUUAUGGCAACGAAAAGGCGAAUAAUUUGCAAGCGCUGUGCAGCCCAUCCAAUGCAUCCCUGGCACCGGAUUUGGUCAUUACGAGCUACGGCGUUGUCCUCUCUGAAUUCAGUGCCAUCGCAGCCAAGAAUGGCGAUAAGAGCUCGCACACCGGCAUCUUUUCCCUUAAUUUCUUCCGCAUAAUACUCGAUGAAGCGCAUUAUAUAAAGAACCGAUCGUCCAAAACAGCCAAAGCAUGUUAUGAGAUGUCUUCGAAGCAUCGCUGGGUGCUUACGGGCACUCCCAUUGUGAACAAGCUAGAGGACUUGUUUAGCCUGGUACGGUUCCUCGGUGUCGAGCCGUGGAACAACUUUUCGUUUUGGAAAACGUUCAUCACCGUGCCAUUUGAGUCUGGCGAUUUUGUCCGGGCGCUCAAUGUUGUACAAACGGUAUUGGAGCCACUAGUCAUGCGGCGCACAAAAGACAUGAAGACGCCAGAUGGACAGCCAUUGGUGCCUUUGCCACCCAAGCAGGUUGACGUGGUGGAAGUCGAGCUGUCCAAGACGGAGAGGGACGUCUACGAUUACAUCUUCAACCGAGCUAAACGAACCUUUAACCAGAAUGUGGAGGCUGGAACGGUGAUGAAGGCGUUUACGACCAUAUUUGCCCAGAUUCUACGACUACGCCAAUCGUGCUGUCAUCCCAUUUUGGUGCGAAACAAGGACAUUGUGGCGGACGAAGUAGAAGCUGGUGCAGCCGCAGACGCCAACACCGGUUUCGCGGAUGACAUGGAUCUGGAAAAUUUGAUCCAGCAUUUUACAGCCGUCGUAGACGAAGCGUCCAAGGACAACCAGGCGUACGGCGUCAACGCGCUAAGCGAGAUCCGAGACGAGUCAGAAAAGGAGUGCCCGUUUUGCUUCGAGGAGCCCAUGCACGAUCAGACCGUGACGGGUUGCUGGCACUCUGCCUGCCAAAAGUGCCUCGUCGACUUUAUGAAGCACGAGACGGAUCGCGGCUUGGUGCCCAAGUGCUUCAGCUGCCGGGCGCCGCUCAACGCGCGCGACCUGUUCGAGGUCAUUCGGCACGACGACGAAGUCGACAUCUCGACCGGGAAGCCGCGCAUCAGCCUGCAGCGUCUCGGCAUGACAGGCUCGUCCGCCAAAGUGGCGGCGCUCAUCAGCCAGCUGCGCAGUCUGCGGCGGGACCAUCCGCGCAUGAAGUCGGUCAUCUUUUCGCAGUUCACGUCGUUUCUCAGCCUCAUCGAGCCCGCGCUCGCACGCGCGCACGUCACGUUUCUGCGGCUCGACGGCAGCAUGGCGCAAAAGGCGCGGGCGGCCGUGCUGGACCAGUUUACCGAGAAGCAGGGCUUCAUGGUGCUGCUCAUCAGCCUGCGCGCCGGCGGCGUCGGGCUCAACCUGACGAGCGCGGGGCGCGUCUUCAUGAUGGACCCGUGGUGGAGCUUCGCCGUCGAGGCCCAGGCCAUUGACCGCGUGCACCGGCUCGGGCAGGAGGACGCCGUCCAGGUCAAGCGCUUCAUCGUCAAGGAGAGCGUCGAGGAGCGCAUGCUGCGCAUCCAGGAGCGCAAAAAGUUUAUCGCCACGUCGCUGGGCAUGAUGAGCGACGAGGAGAAGAAGGUGCAGCGCAUCGAGGAUAUCAAGGAGCUGCUCAGCUGA